AACAACGCAAUCAUUUGGAACUUAGAUAUUUAUUGAAUUUACUAUCAACAAAUAAAGCAUUGUAAACUAAUCAGAAGAUUUCUGGAAAUCAUAUUAAAAUUCAUUUAACAGAAUGUUCAAAAAGUCUAAGCCAAUGGUGGAGCCUCCACCAACAGCGCCCACAGUAGAAGAAAUGCUUGCCGAUAUUGAAACAUUUAAAAUAUCCCAGCCGACAAGGAAUAGCGCCAGUAACACAGCAGCUCUGGAAAACGUAUUGCUAACAGAGCCAGAAAAUUUGACUUUGGAGACGUGGUGGCAAGUUUUUGAUGAAUAUGAUCAAAAAGUCAAGAAACUGGCAUCCACGGAGGGCACAUUGGACGCACAAAGGGAAAAGUUGUUGGCGUGUAAGGAGAAUCUUGAAAAGAAAGCUAAAGAGCUGCGUGAUGGUAUUCAUAAACAGCAGACGCUAAUAAAGGAUACUGUUGAUUGUUGAUUAGUACAAAAAUUAAUUUCUUCAAUUCGAUAAAAUAAACAAAAACAGCAGUUUCAUAUAUCGAUAACGAUAACAAAGUCCCCACAAAUUGUUGAUAAGCACAUACACAACGCAUGUCAUCGAGUUUGUUGGUAGGUAGCGCUCAUAAAGUAUCGAUACUUGUUACCUGCAGCCGUUUUUUUAUGUAGGGAGAAAUAAAAUAAUUGUUUUUAAAUUAUUUGCACUAAAAUGCAAGUCCUUAAUUGAAU